CCAUAUUGAUCCAUGGGUUUGAGUUGACUUCACUUCUCCCCCCAGUCGAUUUAUCACCUCCUGCGCCUCGUUUGGCCGCAUUCAUGUCUGGUCUCUAAUAAUAUUUCCCCUCUCAUGUUCUUCUAUCCUUAAACCCCUCUGCGCACCCUUUCGCCCUUACACAUAGAUUAUUUGCGACUUUCUCUCCACUACCCCUGAUCCUACCAUUACUCCACAACACGUUAUUUUGUCACAAUGGCAUCGACUUCCGCUGUAGGGUCGUAUUCGAACCCUUUGAAGAAAUUUAAGCUGGUGUUCUUGGGAGAGCAGAGCGUUGGCAAAACUUCGUUGAUCACAAGAUUCAUGUACGAUUCAUUUGACAACACAUAUCAGGCGACCAUUGGAAUCGACUUCCUCUCAAAGACCAUGUACCUCGAGGACAGAACCGUCCGACUUCAGCUUUGGGAUACAGCCGGUCAAGAACGAUUUCGAUCAUUGAUUCCUUCCUACAUUCGGGAUUCGAGCGUUGCCGUUGUCGUUUACGAUAUCUCAAAUGCCAAAUCCUUCCAAAACACUCGGAAAUGGAUUGAUGACGUACGGGGGGAGCGUGGCAAUGACGUGAUUAUUGUUCUAGUUGGCAACAAGACUGAUCUUAACGACAAGCGCGAGGUCACUACUGCGCAGGGUGAAGAGGAGGCAAAGAAGAACGGGUUGAUGUUCAUUGAGACUAGCGCCAAGGUCGGCCAUAACGUUAAGCAACUGUUCCGGCGGAUAGCCCAAGCUCUACCGGGCAUGGAAGGCGAGGGUAGCAGAGGAGAGAGUCAAGUGAUCGAUGUGAACAUUACCCCUAAAGAAACCACGACCAACGAUGGAUGCGCCUGUUAAAUUCUGUCAUGUACUACCUGGUCACUUUCCAUUGCGUUCUCCUAUCUGUUUUUCUCAAUCUCAAUGAUGAGGUUUGAGAUUGUCAAUAUUGCUCUGUCAUUCUUAAUCUGUACAUUUUUUCCCUUGCUUCUCGAGUGAAUAGCGUGUUUAGAUCGAAGCUGUUUUCCCUUUUCCCUUUUCCCUUUUCCCUUUUCCCUUUUCCCUUUUCCCUUUUCCCUUUUUUCCUUUUCUAUUCAUGCGGUUGUCUGGUGCUUGGUGGGAGAAUUUGGCGUUCUACUUGCAGCAUCUUCAGCAUCUCAUGGCUUACUGCUCAGAUUUUUGCGAUAUCUUCUUUUUACUUUUAACUGCCCCUUUUGAGGUUAUGGCUUUUAAGAUGUCACGGCUCUUGUAAGAUUUUGGACAACGCCCAUCAUACACGAAUAAUUUAUACCUGGUGUACUCUAUCCGCAACUAUAGAGAGCGCGUACGGAGAUACAGCACAGCCAAACCUACCAAUCUAACACAGCCACAAGAAUUGAAAAA